AUGCCUCUUCCCGCCCGCACCGCGACCAUCUCGCGGGCCACCAACGAGACCAAAAUCCAGAUCUCGCUCUCCCUCGACGGCGGCGUCCUCCCACCCUACGAACCCUCAACCCACUUCCCCGCCCCAACAGACCCCCAAGAAGCCGAAGCCGCCAAAAAGGGCAUCGUACCUUCCAAGGAAGCCGCCCAUGCCACCCAAUUCACCCCCACCCAGCAGAUCACCAUCAGCACCGGUAUCGGCUUCCUGGACCACAUGCUGCACGCACUGGCGAAGCACGGCGGCAUGAGUCUGGCAGUUCGCGCAAAGGGCGAUUUAUACAUCGACGACCACCACACAACAGAAGAUACCUUCCUCGCACUGGGCGAAGCCUUCACCGCAGCGCUGGGCGCACGGCAAUCCCUCGAGCGAUUCGGACGCGGCGACGCACCCCUCGACGAGGCACUGUCGUGGGCUGUGAUUGAUCUCUCCAGCCGGCCGUGGGCGGUCAUCGAUCUGGGCUUUAAGCGCGAGAAGAUCGGUGAUUUGAGCACGGAGAUGAUCACGCACGGUCUGCAGAGCUUCGCGCAGGCAGCGGGUGUGACUCUGCAUGUCGGAUGCACUUAUGGUGAUAACGACCACCACCGUGCGGAGAGUGCGUUCAAGGCUCUUGCAGUUGCCAUUCGCAACGCUUGUAAGCGUAGGGUUGCGGGUGAUGUUGGUGCUGGAGAUGUUGUCAGCACCAAGGGUGUUUUGUAA